CGGCGGCUCCACUCUACACUCAGAUUCCAGCAAGGGGGGGAAGGGGAGAGAGGUCGCAUGACAUGGCAGCCACAGGGCAGAGGUUUAAGCUGACAGAAGGAAAUUUGACACCAAACUCCAUGUGUAAAGAAUAGGGGGGAAAUAAUGCCUCGGCCUUUUCAAAGAGGACUCAGAGAAGCAAUACCAGAACAAAGAGGAGAGGAGGAGACUCAGCGCUGCUGGAUACAGACUGGUUCCAUAUGGAUCAGGAAUCACAAAGAUGAACUGGGAGAGGAGAGAAGGGCUUGGUGUGAGGAACCAGACAGGAAGUGACACAAACAGGAAGUCCUCUACACCCGCCCACAAUAACCAACCUCUGAUGCUUCAGAAACCUCACGCCAAGGAGACGACUUCUGCCCCAAAAGCACAACAGAACCGAAUGCUCCAACUUCAUAGAGUAACAGGGGGGAAGCUGGUUUUAAACUUCACAUUAUCAAAACAACUACAGCUCAAUGCCGAAGAAAACACUUGUGAAUAUCAGAAAACAAUAAAUAAUAUUUCAGGGAAGAACAUAAAUUCUACUCUAUGUCAGAAAAGAAAGGCUUUUUACUACAGGACAAAGCAAACCAUGUUCCCUAAAGCGCUGAGUAUUAUAAAUCCCUUUGUCUGUAUUAAGUGCAAGAGACGAUUCAGCAGCAAUGGGAACCUCCUCAUCCAUCGGCGCAUUCACACAGAGAGACCGUUCUCUUGCGCUGAUUGUGGUAAAUGUUUCUCACACAGAACCAUCCUCCGACAGCACCGCCGGGUUCAUACGGGAAAGGGACCCUUCACCCACAGCACUGGGGGCAAUAAAAUGUCAUCAGGUAAGAGCAACUUUCACAGGCACCAAGGGACGGGUGCUAAAGAGAAACCAUUUAUCUGCACUGAGUGUGGCAAAUCUUUCACGACAGAGGCUGAGAUGCAAAGGCACCGCCUCAUACACACCGGGGAGAAACCAUUUACUUGCAAGGAGUGUGGCAAAUCAUUCAAGACAAAACAAAUUUUGUGCACUCAUGAACUCUCACACACCGGAGAGAAACCUUAUGUGUGUAUCGAAUGCGGUAAAGGCUUUUACCAGAAGGGGCAUCUUAAUGUACAUUCACUUGUUCAUUCUACAAAGAAACCUUUUAUCUGCACAGAGUGUGGGAAAACAUUUAUAGUAAAACAACUUUUGCACGAGCACUUCCUGAUUCACACAGGAGAGAAACCAUAUGCGUGUCCUGAAUGUGGGAAACUUUUCCGACUAAAGCAGCUUCUUACAAGUCACCUUCUGACUCACACUGGGUUGAAGCCGUACACCUGUCCCGAAUGUGGGAAACGUUUUGCUUUCAGGGGAAACUUUUAUCAACAUCUUCAUCUUCACACCGGGGAUAAGCCUUUUUCUUGCACAGAGUGUGGAAAUUGUUUUGCAACUAAGGUCCAACUGCAAAGGCACCACCUCUUACACACUGGGGAGAAACCAUUUGUGUGCACAGAGUGUAAUUUAAGUUUUGCCGGUUUAGCAAACCUUAGAUCACAUCAACAUCUUCACACAGGAGAGAAACCGUAUAAAUGCACCGAGUGUGGGAAAUGUUUCCGUUUUAAGGGCCAUCUCACUUCUCAUAUGAAGAUUCACUCUGGGAUUAAAGCAUUUAUCUGUACAGAGUGUGGGAAAGAGUUCACUCACAAAUACAGCCUCCGCAAACACCAGCGGAUUCACACUAGUGAGAAACCUUAUGUCUGCACUGAAUGUGGGAAAAGCUACAAGCAAAGGAGAAGCCUAAAUGAUCAUCUGCGAAUUCACACCGGAGAGAAACCCUUUGCCUGCACAGAGUGCAAUAAAACCUUCCUAUCGGCUAGUUGCCUCCAAGCCCACAAACAGACUCACACUGGUCUGAAGCCUUUUCAGUGUAAUGAGUGUGGCCAAUUAUUCUCAAGGAAGGGGAAUCUUAAUGUGCAUCUACAGUCUCAUACAGGAGAGAAACCUUACACCUGUGCCGAAUGUGGGAAAAGUUUUACCACUAAGGUAACCCUUAAUCACCAUCGUUACACUCACACUGGGAAAAAGCCAUACCCCUGUACAGAGUGUGGGAAAUGUUUUAGACAAAAGUAUGAACUGAGAUGCCACCAAUAUAGCCAUACUGGGGAGAACCCUUUUGAGUGUACAGAGUGUGGGAAAAGCUUUCCAUCUCGUGCAAGGUUCAAUAGACACCGCAAUAUUCAUACAGCGAAAAAAACAUUUCAGUGAACAGAAUGUGGCAAGGGCUUCAGCCAUAGAGAAUCUUUUUAAAUCUCUUCAGCUGACUAACACCGAGAUUAAAGAUUUAGUCUGUACAGAGUACAAAAGAAUCAACUUGAAAUGCCAUCAAAAUAUCAACAUUGGGGAGAAACCAUUUGACUGCACAAAAUGUGGCAAGUGCUUCAGUCAUAGAGAUGAUUUGAAAUCUCACCAGCUGAUUUACACUGGGAUUAAAUAUCUUGGAUGUACAAAUGUGACACAAUUCCUGAACAGUCAAAGCCUUGAGCCGCAACCUGGUGAUUCGCACCAGUGAGAAAACUCACAACACGCUCGAGGGGUCCAAAAUGUUGCCAUUUUUCUGAUGUAUAUGGGCUAAAUAAAUCACAUUUGCUUCAAAAUGGAAAA